AUGACACGCAGAAAGAUGAAAGGAAGCUCCGUAUUGGCUGCACUCCCCCGGGAAUUGAGAGAGGAGAUUUCGGGUCUCAACGCUGGACGAGGACAGGUCCAAGUCGAUGCAGACCCAGCCAAACGACCGGAAGAUGAAGAGAAACGACCAGUCAAAAGACGAAAAAUAGAAGUUCCACCACCCUCAAAUCUUGGAAAGUUUGACGCUACGGGUUUGGUCCCGUUUUAUACCGACAUAAGCCAAGUUCCGACUCGUCUCCAAAAGUACUACUGGCAGCGGGAGAGACUAUUUUCCCGAUACUCUGAAGGAUGCUUGCUUGACGAGGAGGGCUGGUUCAGUGUUACACCCGAACACAUAGCAAACCAAAUUGCCGAACGAUGUCGAUGUGAGGUUAUCAUAGACGCAUUCUGUGGAGUGGGAGGAAAUGCAAUAGCAUUCGCAAAGACAUGCGAACGAGUGAUCGCAAUCGACAAUUCUCCUGUACGGAUUGCACUAGCAAGACAUAACGCAGCCAUAUAUGGAGUCGCAGACCGAAUCGAAUUCAUCCAGGCCGACUUUGUUUCUUUUGCCAAAGCUCUCGCCAGAUCUUCCUCAAAGCAAAGAGCGGAUGUCGUAUUUCUCAGUCCACCUUGGGGUGGCAUAGACUAUCAAUCCAUGUCGGCGUCAAAGUCCUCUUUGAACCUCUUGGCGACAAAUGGGGAUACUACGCUCAACUACAACGAUGAGGUUGUCCAGGAGGAGACCAAAGACGAACCCGGUUACAGUUUGGAUAAUCUACAGCCACUUCCCGGCAACGAGCUCUUCGCUCUGGCUCGUCAAAUCACACCACACAUCGCAUUCUUUCUUCCGAGGAACCAAGACUUGACAGAAAUAUCACAACUAGUACCAGUUUCUGAUGCGUCCAAUGCUGAAAUGAUCGAGGUAGAGGAGGAAUGGAUGGGUAGUAAGCUCAAAGCCUUGACAUGCUACUUCGGCGGCUUGGUUCAUGGUCAAGAGCAUUUAUGGACUUGA